AUGGCUGCUGUGGCUGGGCUGCCACGUCGCCUCGGCUCUACUUCGGCGAUACUCAUGCUCUGUGGCAAGGCGUGGAUCAGUCGGCGCAGACAAUGCAGGGCGAUUCUGCGUGCCGGCUGGCAUCCAGGAGAUGCAUUUGAUGAGGAGGUUGCUCCAAAGCUGCCAGAAGAUUCCGGCGCCUACAGUGAUUUGGGCACUCACCGGGAGAUGAUCGAAGACCGAGUCCGCACUGAGGCCUUUCGCGAAGCAAUCUUCCGGACUUGCAAGGACAAGAUCGUUCUGGAAGUCGGUUGUGGGACCGGCAUCCUGUCCAUCUUCGCAGCUCAAGCAGGCGCAAGACGGGUGAUUGCAGUGGAGGCCAACACGGAGAUGGCAGACCUGGCCCACGAAGUAGUUGCAGCCAACGGCCUUGCCGGCAGCAUUGUCGUACUAGAAGGUGCGGUCGAGGAGGUAGCUAGCGUGGUCGAUGAAGUGUUAGCAGGUGACAAGGCGGAUGUCGUCCUGUCUGAGUGGAUGGGCUUUAUGCUCGUGUGCGAAGACAUGUUCCCGAGUGUGGCAUUUGCUCGGGAUCGGUGGCUGGCAGAAGGUGGCAUCAUGCUUCCGGCGUGUUGCAGUCUUCACGUUGCUCCUUUCAGCCACGUCAGCCUGGUCGAGCGGCAGACAGGAUUUUGGGCAACAUCACCCUUUGGAGUUGACUUGUCACCACUCGCAUUCCACGCGCUGGACCAGCAUGUCUUGCAACCAGUCAUCGACACUCUGCAAGCGGAAGCGGUCCUGGGCGACUCCACGAAGCUGUUUACUUUGAACUGCAAGGAGGCCUCUGCCGCAGACAGCAAAGCUGGGUGUGGCACCUUCGCCACGAGGGUCAGUCGACCCGGACGCCUCCACGGCCUGGCUGUAUGGUUCAGCUGUGAACUGUGCAGCGGUGUGGGCUUCUGCACAGCACCGGAGGCUGCUUCCACUCAUUGGGAGCAAACUUUGCUCUUCUUCGAUCCUGCUAGUGAGGUCAUGGAGUUGGAAGUGUCCAUGGGAGACAAGGUCGAAGGCGAGCUGCGCUGGCUCGUGGAGGGACGCGACCUGGGUGUUGUCAUGACCGGUGAGGUCUCAACCGCCAUGGACUCUGAGAUCAGCAUAUUGAAAUUUGGUAGACGCCUUGUGUUGAACGUCAUGUGA